AUGGCGACGUCAGUGUUUGUUACGCAAAGCCUCGGCGGACUUCAGGAGGACUGGAAGAAAAAGUGGCCUGUCAUGAACGGAUUCCAAGCACUUCUGACGUUCCUCAGCAUCAUCGUGACCGCGGAUACCGCUCCAUCGGAGAAGCACAACGGGCCCGGAAACGUAUACCAUGGUAGGUACACGAGAGACAUACACGAGCCGGAAUUUUUGAUCCCAAGAAGAGUGUUCAAGGAUGGCAGCUUCAACACGUACUCGCUGCCGAAUUUCUAUGAUCGGCAGGAGAUCAGCGAGCGUAGGAAGAGGUCGAUCGCGGAGGGCGAGCAGGAGUCGGAGAGCGAUAAAUUGCACCUGGUGCUGCCUUUCAACGGGAUCGAGCACCACGUGGAGCUCGACCCGUAUCACGAAUUCAUCUCGCCCGACAUGGUGAUCGAGACACGCGGCGCCGGCCUGAGGCACAACUUGAACGAGGCUUUGCGAUUCAAGAGGGCCGACGAUCAGCAGUGCCAUUAUCGGGGAUUCGUUAGGGGCCACGACCCAUCUAGGGCUGCUCUUUCUCUAUGCGACGGAGUGGUUGGCUACGUGCAAACUAAUCACGGUCGGUACUUCAUCGAACCAGCGCACGAAACUGAGCCACAGGAGGACGGACAGCACGUACACAUCGCUUACAAGAGGGAUGCUACGCACAGAAAUAAGGAGGGCCAGGACACAUCGGAAAGGCGCUGCGGGACUAGCGACAAGUGGGAAGUGGCGUGGGCGGAACAAUUGGCCAACCGACAGAAACGCCUAAUGGAGGAUAAUCCCGGCGAGCAGAAAAAGAUUGCGUCUCAUACCCACAGUAUUCAUCGUUACAUAGAGAUUGGGUUGGUCGCGGACAGGAGGUUUCUCGACUAUUAUAACAACAGCAACUACGAACAGUACCUGUUGACUAUCAUGAACAUGGCGGCGGAUUUUUAUCACGACAGAUCUGUGGGCAAUCAAAUAGACGUGGUCGUCGUACGGAUGAUAUAUUUGGAGAAGGAAAAAGAAGAGAUAGAUUUGCUUAUUAGUCCUGCAGCUGAAGAUACAUUGAACAGUUUUGCCAAAUGGGCCCAGAAGAUGAAUCCUAAGGAUCACUCGCACCCCAACCAUUUUGAUAUAGCGGUUCUCGUAACCAGGUACGAUAUUUGCGCAGAAGUAACUCAGUGUGAACUGAUGGGAUUAGCAUUCGUCGGGACAGCCUGUGAGCCCCAAAAGGCAGCCUGCAUCAACGAAGACAGUGGCUUAGCGCUUGGAAUCGUAAUUGCCCAUGAAGUUGGUCACGUGAUGGGUUGUUCACAUGAUACCCUCGAAAUCAGUGGUUGUCCAUCUCAGGAUAAAGACACGAGUUACUUCAUUAUGUCACCCUACGUCUACCUCUUCACGAUCAGAUGGUCAACUUGCAGCAAAAAAUUCAUCACUAACCUGCUAGAUAGCGGCUUAGGCGAGUGCUUGAACGACAACCCGAGAAGUCCGUCAGAGAAAUUCAAGUAUCCGAAUAUGUUGCCUGGAGCUAUGUAUGAUGGCGACUUUCAGUGUCAAAUGAAAUUUCCUGGGUCGACGCUUUGUGCAGGUGGCGGGGCAAAGAUGUGUAGCCAACUGUGGUGUGCAGUCAACAAAACCAGCUGUCUCACGCGCGGUUCACCCAUGGCUGAUGGAACAAAAUGUGGCGAGAACAAGUGGUGCAUUCACAAGGAAUGCGUGGACAUGGGCACCCGACCGAAGGCGGUGAACGGUGGCUGGGGCCAAUGGGGUCCCAUGGGCACUUGCAGUAGAACCUGCGGCGGUGGCUUGAAAUACGCCGAGAGGGAAUGUGACAAUCCGCCGCCCGCCAACAAAGGCAGAUAUUGCAUCGGAGAGAGGAGGAGGUUGGCCAUUUGCAACACCGUGCCCUGCGAUCCUAAAGAACCGUCGUUUCGAACGCUGCAGUGUAAGUACCACGACUAUAGCAAGUUCCUGAGCAUCAAAGGCAACCAUACAUGGACCGUGUACAAUGAUCCGAAAUUAGAUCCCUGCGGGUUGUACUGCAUAAAUGAACUUAUGGAAUUUCUCCAAGUCGAACCAGUGGCGAAUGAUUCGACCCCCUGCAAGCCUGGGACGAAUAACAUGUGUAUUUCUGGAAUAUGUAGGACGGUUGGUUGCGAUUGGGUGUUAGAUUCGAAUGCCGUCGAGGACAAAUGUGGAAUUUGCAAAGGCGAUGGUACAAAAUGCAAGAAAAUAAAGGGUUUCUAUAAUGACACGACACCUGUAGACCGACACACAAAGGUAGUUACUAUUCCUAAAGGUGCUCGAAGCAUACACAUAUCUGAACGAGCAAGAAAUAAAAAUGCACUGUCAGUAAGACUCGAGAAAAACGAAACUGCUUACUGUUUGAAUGCUGGACUGAGACUAGAAAGAAGUGGCGACUAUUCGUGUGCAAAAGCCGUUCUGGUAUACUUGAUUCCUGAACCAGAUAGAGAGGAAAUUGAAAUAAAGGGACCUAUCGCGGAAGAUAUUCGAGUAGAAUACGUGUACUACCAACCGUACUCGAAUCCUGGGAUCAAUUAUGAAUAUUACGUGAUGUCAGGUGAUACAUCAUAUACACCGAAAUACAUAUGGGAUUUCACAGAAUGGACCGGCUGCAAUGCAAAAUGCGGUGGCGGUACAAUGAUCUCAGAGGCUACGUGCAUCGAAGAACAUGGUGGAAAAGUGAGCGCCGACUUUUGCGAGAGCAUACCACGACCAGAACCGAAAAGUCGUAUUUGCAAUGCUGAUCCUUGUAUUGCGAAGUGGAGAGUGAGCCAAUGGAGUAAAUGCAGUGCCUGUGACGGAAAGAAAGGAACGAGACAUCGUAAGGUGCAGUGCGUGAGACCGGCUGCGCGCGCAGGUGAAGACGACGUUCAGGCGAAUCUGGACGCGUGCAAAGGACGCGUGCCGAAACAAACAGAAGAAUGCGUAGGCCAAAGACCGUGCAGGAAGCAGUGCCCAAAAAAGGCCCGAAACGUGAACAGAGAAGCCGAGGUCGAGAAGGAGAAGAAGUUGUUGCCUCUGGACGAACAGGACAAGAUGGUGGACAAGUUUGUGGACCUGGGCCUGGCCCGGUACCUGGAGAAGGCGUACGGUGUUCCUCGUGAUAGCGACGAGAUGGAGAAGACGUCUGACACUGCAGACUUCAGAGAUCUUCUUCGCGAAUGGUCCUUGGUGGACGAAGACAAGAACAAACAUGGCGUUUGCGUGCCUAACAUAACAACACCCAAGCCAGGGUCGAUCAUCAAGGACUCUGUACCGAUCGAGAAUGUGAUACUGUUGGAGGCACCGUUCGUAGAGGGGAAUCUCCAGUCGAAUUUGUCGGAUAGGGCGUUCCAGGAAACUGGAGACCUCGUUGGUGUGGGAAUCGACACCUCGAAAACGAAAGUUUUUACAGGCGCAGAAGCUGUUCAGAAGAUCGAGCAGUUGGAGGGUCAUAAGCAUACCACACCGCCUAAUAGGAAGGAGAUUAAUACUUAUGAUAAACUAGCUAGAAUCGUGGAUUUCGCAAAUCACUAA